AUGGCUGUACAUGGGUAUACAAAUCAGGAUCGUGGUUCAGGUGAGAAAAUCGAGAAGGCGUGCACAUCACACAAUUCUGCAUCAACAUGCAUAGAAUGUGGAGAAGGUUAUUUUAAUCCUGCAUACUAUAGAGCCGGCUGCUUUACCUGCAGAAUAUGUGACACAGAAUGCCAGCCCUGUGCCUAUGGACAUUUCUCAUUUAAGGAAAACAGCAAGUGCCUCCCUUGGACCAAUUGCAGUGCUAUAGGUCUGACAGUGCUUGAAGCAGGAUCUGCCACAAAGGAUGUUCAAUGUUCCGCUCCAAAGAGCACCACCGCUUGGGUUCUACCCACAUCUGUGGCCCCAACGCCUCCCCAACGAGAAAGAACGCAGAGGAAAGAUGAGACGUCUACUCUGGAGAACUCUGUGACGUCCACCAAACAAUCCAUACCACGCAAUGCCAUGAACUGGGAUACCGUCACGUUAAUUCUCAUCACUGUCACCCUGCUGAUGGCGAUGGCUGGAAUCAUACUGGCGGUGAUCAUACAGACAAAGAAGAGGAAAAGAAACAGAGGAUUCAUCCGAAGCAAUAGAUGCAAAGUCCCAGUACAAGAAGAAAGUACGGAUUCCGAAUCUAGCCUUGCCAAGAAAAAUCCUGCGUGA